CUCCGCCCCCAGUCCCCCUGCUCCCAUGAGGGCGGCUCUUUAUAUUGCCCCAAAACUCCUCCUGACUGGCGCCUUUUUCUUUAUCUGCCGGAGAGGAGACGCACAUGCUAUUUUUAGGACCACGUUGGAAUAAACCCAUUAACCUGCCGGUGUGAGAAGUAAAUAUGAGCGACAAGGGGACAGUGUCAUCUAAGGAGAAGGAGACGACAGAGAAGAGGGGGCGUGGAAGACCCCGCAAGCUUCCUCAGCGUCCCGAGUCUCAGGAGCCCAGCGGAUCGCCGACUCCAAAGAGGUCCAGAGGACGACCCAAGGGCAGCAAAAACAAACCCAGCAGCAAGGGCAAAACAAAGGCAGAACCUGCUCCUGGUGCCAAACGCAGAGGAAGACCCAAGAAGGAGGAAAAGGAAGAGAAAGCAUCACAGGAGUCGUCGGAGCAGGAAGAAGACGAAGAGGAUGAGGAAGAGGACCAGUAAUAGCAACACGUGCUACCUCUCUCAGCAUACUGACUUACUGUUAACUGUAACUGGACUGUAUCUUCAACACCAGUGCCACUUUCAUGACCACUAUCCCCCUGAUAGGGCCCUCGGCUCAAACAAGGGUCUACGCAGUACAUUUCUCAUGCAACAGCACUGGAUAAAAACGCUGGACCUUGCGCAAGCGUAGCUCUGAGCAUCACAUACAUGACAGAUGACAAGCCCUUUUCUCUACGUCAUGACAUCGCAAGAAUUUUUAUGCCGGAGAAGGUGGGCUUCUCGGGGCCGAGUGUAUUUUCAUUUCUGCUGAAAGAUGGUUUUUAGUCUUUUUUUUGUUUGUUUUCUAUUUACUCAAUGUUACUUAUUGAUUAUACCCAAGUCUGAGAUGGUAGGGGCUCUAGAGUUUCUCUGUUUUGUACAGGACAAAGGUGAUUUUUACCAAUACUCGUGUUUGUGUGGUGUGUGGUUUAACCUAUCCUUCCCAUCGUACGCUAGAUGGAGUUGAGUUUCAGUAUUUAGGAUGAGAAUAGGUCACUGGUGGUAUACAUACCCCCCCCCCCCUUUCCCGAUGUCACCGCUCACAAGUAGAACAUCUGCUCAUGUAGGACAUUUUAGGUGUUAGCUUAUCUGACGGCCUCCUCUGUCAUUGGUGUGUAGCGGGGGAGACAACUCGUGUUUGUAGUUUUUUGUUUUGAUUACUUUCCAGUUCCAUCCCAUUUCAAGUUGUGUGCUGCUUCUUUUCAAGUGUUGUCAAUUUUAAAGUAUAGGGUUCCAGGUUGAGAGCAUCAGUGUCGGUUUUUCAGGGAGCUUUUUACAGACGGUUUCUGCCUGCGCACACGCGCGCCCGGUCAACGGAAAGACAAAAUGUACAGCCAUAAGCAGUUUAAUAAUAAAAUUGGGAGUUGUUGGUACUUCGCUAAAAAGGCUGCUCAUGUUUUUUUUUGUUUUUUGCGCUUAUUCACCUUGCGUGGGUUCCCAUAAACUUACUUAAUUGUAAUAAGCCUGUUUAAAGGAUGUUUUGCUUCCUGCAACAACAACAAAAGAACGUUCAAGUGUCCUCUUGGCCGUUCUUCAACACACCUCAGCCGCUACAACCUCGGUUAUAAAACUGCAAAGUGACAACACAAUGCCUGGACUUUCAUACCUCAUUCAGCAGUUUAUAUCAUUGCAUUUUACCGUUUUUGUGUUACUGUGUACUCUGGACACGAGUCAGUUUUUUUUUUUUUUUAAAUACCUGACUGAAGCAGGCUGGCUCACAACGGAAGCUUGGCUGGUGUGAGUGAGAAGCAAGUCAGGGAGACUUGUCAGCUUGACAAUACUGCGUUCGCUGACUGUGGUAGUUUAGCAAAUUUUCAUUUUUUUCUUCUGGUGCACUGAAACAUUUUAAGGUUGGACACCUUUCCUGCUUUUUGCCUAACAUUUUCCAUCAAGUGGUUAUGUUGUGCAUUGACUUUCACAAAAUCUGAUUUACAUCGCAAACUGACGUCUACAUCUGUUCAUUUAUAUACUGUAAACUGUUGAGGAUGGAAUCAUUCUUUUUAAUGGACACCGUAUAUAAAUGUGCAAUGUAUAUAUUUUCUAUGGUGCCCUGCAAUUUGUAUGAGAUAAAACGGUCAAUAAAGAUAAUUUUCUGUCA